AUGCGUCACAUCGCCCUCACCGCGCCCAACAUCCCAACCCCCUCCCACCCGCCCCCAAAUCCCUCACACCCGCCCGCCCCAACAUCCCCCCCCACCCGCCCCAACAUCCCAGCCACCCGCCCCAACAUCCCAACGCCCACCCCGCCCAACAUCCCCACGCCACCCGCCCGCCCACACCAACGCCACCCGCCCAACCAUCCCCAACCCCCAGCCCGCAGCCCAACGUCCCCAAACGCCACCCGCCCCAACAUCCCUAACGCCCACCCGCUCCCAACAUCCCCCAACGCCCACCCGCCCCCAACAUCCCCCAACGCCCUGCCCCAGCCCCAAAACAUCCCCAACGCCCACCCCCCCAACAUCCCCAACGCCCACCCGCCCCCAACGUCCCCAACGCCCCCCGCCAUAUCGCACCCAACAGACCACGAAUUUUUCUAA